AUGGCUAACGUGUCGUAUCAAAUAGCUCAUUUACUUGAAAAAAUGACUUCAAGCGACAAAGACUUCCGGUUUAUGGCGACCAACGAUCUGAUGUCAGAGUUGCAAAAAGACAGCAUUAAACUUGAUGAUGAUUCUGAACGUAAAGUGGUGAAAAUGUUGCUUAGGUUGUUAGAAGAUAAAAAUGGUGAAGUUCAAAAUCUUGCUGUCAAGUGCUUGGGACCACUAGUUAAUAAAGUAAAAGAAAACCAAGUGGAAACAAUUGUUGAUGCUCUUUGUACUAAUAUGAUAUCUGAGAAUGAACAAUUAAGAGAUAUUUGUAGUAUAGGAUUAAAGACUGUUAUAAGCGAGCUGCCUAUUACUAAUACUCCAUUAGCUGCAAAUGUUUGCAGGAGAAUUACUGGGAAAUUAACUAGUGCUAUUGAAAAGCAAGACGUAUCUGUACAAUUGGAAGCUCUAGAUAUACUUGCUGAUUUAUUAUCAAGAUUUGGAUCAUUAUUACUUGAAUUUCAUCAAGCUAUUCUUAAAUCAUUAUUACCUCAACUUACAUCUUCUCGCCAAGCAGUUAGAAAAAGAACUAUUGUUGCACUUGGUCAUCUGGUGUUGUCAUGUAAUCAACAAUUAUAUACUAAACUUAUUGAUUAUCUGGUUAAUGAUUUAUCAACUAAACCACCAGCUGCAAGAUCUAAAACAUCUAUUCAGUGUAUAGCAGCUAUAUGCCGCCAAGCUGGUCAUCGUUUUGGUGUUCAUGUUGAUCGUGUUGUUCCAUUAAUUCAAGGACCAUUAGUUGAAAAUUCUGCUGAUGAUGAUGAGCUACGUGAAUACUGUUUGCAAGCUUUUGAUGCCUUUGUUAAUCGCUGUCCUAGUGAAACAGCAACAUAUACCAAUGACAUAAUUAAAUUAUGUUUGGAGUAUUUAGCAUAUGAUCCUAAUUAUAAUUAUGAUGAUAAUGGUGAAAAUGGUGAUGACAAUUUUAUGGAUACUACUGAUGGUGAAGAUAUGGAAGAUGAAGAUAUUGAGGAUGAUUAUUCAGAUGAUGAUGAUAUGAGUUGGAAAGUUAGACGAGCAGCUGCCAAAUGUUUGGAAGGUAUAAUAAUUACUAGAAAAGAUUUGAUUGCAGACAUGUAUAGAAAUGUUUCAAAAUCAUUGAUUCAGCGAUUUAAAGAAAGAGAAGAAAAUGUAAAAAGUGAUAUAUUACAUGUUUACAUGGCACUUUUAAAACAAACAAAAUUGACUAGUAAUAAUAUGAAUGCUGAUAUAGCAGAUGAAGAUUCAGCAAUGUACCUUCUUCAAUCUCAAGUUCCUGCUAUUGUAAAAGCUAUAUAUACUCAAAUGAAAGAACGCAGUGUUAAAACUCGUACUGACUGUUUAGCUUUAUUAAAAGAACUUGUUAUUGUUCUUCCUGGUGCUCUUACUAACCAUAUAGGAACCUUAAUUCCUGGAAUUCAAUAUUCUUUAAGUGAUAAGAAGUCUAGUAGCAACAUGAAAAUUGAUACAUUGUCAUUCAUUCAUUGUGUGUUAACAUCACACCCUCCUGAAAUCUUUCAUCCUUGGGUAGAACAAUUGAUUCCACCUAUUAUAACUGCUGUUGGUGAUCCAUUUUACAAAAUCACUGCUGAAGCACUCCUUGUUUUACAAGAAAUGGUUAAAGUUAUUCGUCCAUUAGAUCAAAAACUAGAGUUCAACUUUUCUGUCUAUGCUGUGCCAUUGUAUAAUUGUACAUAUUCUCGUUUAAAGACAUCAGAUAUUGAUCAAGAAGUAAAAGAAAGAUCGAUUUCUUGUAUGGGACAAAUAAUAUGUAAUUUAGGUGAUGUACUUCAAAAUGAGUUACAAGUGUGUUUACCCAUUUUCUUGGAUCGUCUACGGAAUGAAAUUACUAGAUUAACUACAGUUAAAGCACUUAUUAGAGUAGCUAGCUCACCAUUGAAAAUCAAUUUAUCUUCCAUUUUGAGUGAUGGUGUGUUAAUUUUGGCAUCAUUUCUUCGAAAAAAUCAAAGAGCAUUGAAAUUAAGUACAUUAGCUUUACUUAACAUGUUGCUAAAUAAUUUCCAUACUGAUUUUUCAGCUGAAUUAUUGAAUAAAAUACUUAUUGAAUUGCCGCAGUUAAUUAAUGAAUCUGAUUUGCAUAUUGCUCAGUUAACACUUUCUUUACUUACUACCAUUAUUAAAAUUCAACCAUUAGCUAUGUCUUUUUCGGCUAAUAUUAUUAUGCCUGAAGUUAUGACAUUAGCAAAAUCUCCUUUACUUCAAGGUGCAGCCUUAAAUGCUAUUUUAUUAUUCUUUCAAUCACUAGUUGCUACCAAUGUUGCACAGUUUGGGUACCAAGAAUUAGUGACACUUUUAAUCUCACCAUUAAUGGCUCAACCAACUGGUACUCCUACUUUAACAUUGCAUAAACAAGCCUACCAUUCUUUAGCUAAAUGUGUUGCUGCACUAACUGCUACACAACCAACUCAAGCUAUGGGUAUCAUAAAUAGUUUCAUGUCUGAAUUAAUUAAUCCAUCUAAUGAUCAACAACACAUUUUUUCAUUAUUAGUAAUUGGUGAAGUUGGAAGACACAUAGACUUAAGUUCUGUACCUAACUUAAAGGAAACUAUAUUGCAGUCAUUCUCAUCAAAUUCUGAAGAAAUAAAAUCAUCAGCAAGUUAUAGUUUAGGUAGUAUAUCUAUUGGAAACUUGGAGCAAUAUUUACCUUUCAUAUUAAGAGAGAUUGACAUGCAACCAAAACGACAAUAUUUACUUUUACAUUCCUUAAAAGAGAUUAUAUCAUUUGAGUCAUCUACACUUAAUGGUAUCGAAAAUCUAAAACCCUUUGUACCAGCUAUAUGGCAACAAUUGUUUAAACAUUGUGAAUGUACUGAAGAGGGUACACGUAAUGUAGUUGCUGAAUGUUUAGGCAAACUAACAUUAAUUGACCCAUAUACUUUAUUGCCAAACUUGCAAUCAUCUCUAUCUUCAUCAUCAGCACUAAUGAGAACUACUUUACUGACAGCAGUUAAAUUUACCAUAUCUGAUCAACCACAGCCAAUAGACAUGUUGCUUAGACAGAAUAUGGAUCAAUUUUUAAGUGCUCUUACUGAUCCAGAUAUAAAUGUUAGACGGGUAACAUUAAUUGCAUUUAAUUCAGCAGCACACAAUAAGCCAUCUUUAGUUAGAGAUUUACUCGAUACCGUACUUCCAAAACUUUAUGCAGAGACUAUUGUCAAGAAAGAACUAAUACGAGAAGUAGAAAUGGGACCGUUUAAGCAUACUGUUGAUGAUGGAUUAGAUAUAAGAAAGGCUGCAUUUGAGUGCAUGUAUACAUUAUUAGAUUCAUGUUUAGAUCGUUUGGACAUAUUUGAAUAUCUUAACUACUUGGAAAAUGGACUUCGUGACCAUUAUGAUAUAAAAAUGCUCACUUAUUUAAUGGUUUCAAGAAUGGCUCAAAUUGUACCAAGUGCUGUGUUGCAAAGGCUGGAUAAAAUUGUUGAGCCUUUAAAACAAACAUGUAUGUUGAAAAUCAAAGCAAACUCUGUAAAACAGGAGUUUGAAAAAAUGGAAGAACUUAAGAGGUCUGCUAUGAGAGCUGUUGUUAAUUUACAAACUAUACCGGAUUCAGACAAAAAUCCACAUAUGAGUGAUUUUGUAUGUCAAAUUAAAAAUUCUACUGAAUUGAACACAAUAUACGAAUCAGUGCAAAGAGACAGUUCAGGAAUGAUAUCUGAUAAUCAUUCAACUCCUAUGGAAGUGGGUGAAUAAGCACAACAUAAAUAUUUUCAAUAAACAUUUUCCUACACAUUAACCAAUUGAUUUCUUCUAAUAUGUUCUUAUGAAAAAAAUAUUGGGAAUUUUGUAAAUAAUAAUUUGUAUGUGUAUAGGCAAAAUUUUAUUUAUACAUUUU